AUGAGUGCAGGUUUAAAAUUAGAGAACACGGCUCGUCGUGAUACUUUAAUUGAACUUGAAAAGAAGUACCAAAAAAUUUGGGCUGAUGAGAAAUAUUUCGAAGUAAACUCCCCAACUUUCGAAGAGGACGACACUGAUGAUGCUGAAGACUUGAGAUCCAGACAUCCUAAGUACUUCUCCUGUAUGGCUUACCCAUAUAUGAAUGGUGCCUUACACGCCGGUCAUGCCUUCACUUUAUCCAAGGUUGAAUUCUCCACCGGGUUCGAAAGAAUGAAUGGGAAGAGAGCUCUUAUGCCUUUAGGUUUCCACUGCACUGGUAUGCCCAUUAAGGCUGCUGCUGACAAAGUGAAGAGGGAAGUUGAGGAUUUCGGUGCUGAUUUCUCUGGUGCUCCAAAGGACGAAGAGGAGGAAGAAGUUGUUGCCAAACCAGCUGCCCAAAGAGAAGAUGUAACCAAGUUCACUGCUAAGAAAUCAAAGGCCGUUGCCAAGCAGGGUAGAGGUAAGUACCAAUUCGAAAUCAUGUUACAAUCAGGCAUCCCAAAAGAAGAGAUUGCCAAGUUCGCUGAGCCAGACUACUGGUUACGUUACUUUCCUGAAUUGACACAAAAACAUGUUACUGAGUUUGGUUGUAGAGUUGAUUGGAGAAGAUCUAUGGUCACUACCCCAGCUAACCCAUUCUACGAUGCUUUCAUCAGAUGGCAAGUAAACAGAUUAAGAGAAUGUGGUAAGAUUAAAUUCGGUGAAAGGUACACCAUCUACUCCGAAAAGGACGGUCAAGCAUGUUUAGAUCAUGACAGACAGUCUGGAGAAGGUGUCAACCCUCAAGAGUAUGUUGGUAUUAAGAUCGAAGUUGAAGAAUUUGCACCAGAAGCUACCAAGCUACUUGAAGAGGCUAAGCUUGACAUCUCCAACAAGAAGGUUUACUUAGUGGCUGCUACUUUAAGACCAGAAACCAUGUAUGGACAAACUACCUGUUUCGUCUCUCCAAAGAUUGAUUAUGGUAUUUUUGAUGCUGGAAAUGAUGAAUACUUCAUCUGUACCGAAAGAGCAUUCAAGAAUAUGUCUUAUCAAAAGAUCACCCCAACUAGAGGUGUCCAUGAUGCUUUAUUAAAAAUCAAUGGUAAAGCUUUAAUUGGAUCCAAGAUUGUAGCUCCAAUGGCUGUUGCAAAGAACUUAAGAGUCUUGCCCAUGGAAACAGUCUUAGCUUCUAAGGGUACUGGUGUUGUUACCUGUGUUCCAUCUGACUCUCCAGAUGACUACAUAACCACUAAGGAUUUAGCUAACAAGCCUGAAUACUAUGGAAUUGAAAGAGAUUGGGUUAUCACCGAUAUUAUUGGACUCAUCAAAACUGAAAAGUAUGGCGACAAAUGUGCCGAAUUCCUUGUUAAUGAAUUAAAGAUUCAAUCUCCAAAGGAUACUCUUCAAUUAGCUAAGGCUAAGGAAGCUGCCUAUAAGGAAGGUUUCUAUAACGGUGUUAUGAGCUAUGGUAAAUACACUGGUCUUAAGGUCGAAGAAGCUAAGCCAAAGGUUAAGGCUGACUUAAUAGCAUCUGGUGAAGCAUUUGUUUACAGUGAGCCAGAAAAUGUGGUUAUUUCAAGAUCUGGAGAUGAAUGUAUUGUUUCAUUAGAAGAUCAAUGGUACAUCGAUUAUGGUGAAGAAAGUUGGAAGGCUCAAGCUCUUGAAUGUUUGCACGACAUGAAUACUUUCGCAAAGGAAACUAGACAUGGUUUUGAAGGUGUUUUAGACUGGUUAAAGAACUGGGCUAUCACCAGAAAUUUCGGUUUAGGUACUAGAUUACCAUGGGAUGACAGAUAUCUUAUUGAAUCCUUAAGUGAUUCCACUAUUUACAUGGCUUACUACACCAUUUCUAGGUUCAUACACUCAGAUUACUAUGGUGCUAAGCCGGGUAAGUUCUCUUUCAAGGUGGAGCAAUUCACUGACGAGGUAUUUGACUACAUCUUUGCUAGAAGAGAAAAUAUCAAGACCGAUAUUCCUAUCAAUCAAUUGAAAGAAAUGAGAAGAGAAUUUGAGUACUUUUACCCAUUGGAUGUUAGAAUUUCUGGUAAGGAUUUAAUUCCAAAUCAUUUAACAUUCUUCAUUUACUCUCAUGUCACCCUUUUCAAGAAGCAAUUCUGGCCAAGAGGUAUUCGUGCUAACGGACAUUUAUUAUUAAAUAAUAACAAGAUGUCUAAAUCUACUGGUAACUUUAUGACCUUAGAUGAUAUAGUUAAAAAGUUUGGUGCUGAUGCUUCUAGAAUUGCCAUGGCAGAUGCAGGUGAUGCUGUGGAAGAUGCUAAUUUUGAUGAGCAAAAUGCCAAUGCUGCCAUUUUGAGAUUAACUACAUUAAAAGAAUGGUGUGAAGACAUUGUUUCAAAUGUGUCUUCUUUAAGAACUGGACCAUUGGACAGCUUUUUCGAUAAGGCAUUUGACAAUGAAAUGAAUGAUUUGAUUGAAAAGACUUACGAACAGUUUUCUCUCACCAACUACAAAGCUGGAUUAAAGACAGGUUUAUUUGACUACCAAACUGCAAGAGAUUACUACAGAGAUUCUGUCUCAUCCAACAUUGGUAUGCAUAAAGAUUUGGUUUUGAAAUAUAUUGAAACUCAGGCCUUAAUGUUAGCUCCAAUUACUCCACAUUUUGCUGAGUACAUCUACCAAGAAGUCUUAGGAAAGAAUGGAUCAGUACAAAAUGCCAAAUUCCCAAGAGCUGGAACCGAAAUUUCCAAGAUUUUAUCUGACUCUUAUGAAUAUGUCAGAUCCUUAUCUAGAUCUAUUCGUGAGCUGGAGGGAAAUGUCUUAAAGAAAAAGAAGGGUGGUAAGCCAUCUGAAGUUGACGUUAGUAAGCCAGCUAAGUUAAGCCUUUACAUUUCUUCCUCAUUCCCUGAAUGGCAAGAUAGCUAUAUUUCCUUAGUUAAGGAAUUAUACGACAUGAACUUGUUAGACGAUAACAAGUUAAUCAAGGAAAAGACUGGUAAGGACAUGAAGCGUGCCAUGCCAUUCAUUUCAGUCUUGAAGCAAAGAUUGGCAGUUGAAGAUCCACAAAUUGUUUUCAACAGAGAAUUGACUUUUAAUGAAGCUGAAGUUGUUUUGAGUGUUUUAGGGAAUAUCCAGAAGGCACCAGCAGCUAUUAACAUUAGUGAAUUGGAAAUUAUUGCAGUGGAAAAUGGUGCUGAUAAGGGAAAGAAUGUAGUCACCGGAGAAGAAGUAGAAAUUACGAGUACUGCUAAGAAGAUGGUUGAACAAGCCAUUCCUGGUGAACCAGGUAUUAUAAUCAAGAACAUUUAG